AUGCCUUCAGUCGGAAUUGUCAUCGGAGAUGGCAAAAAAGAAUAUCCUGGUAAACUCACUCUUUACGUCACCGUGACAUGUAUUGUCGCCGCCAUGGGUGGUCUCAUCUUCGGUUACGACAUCGGUAUCUCCGGUGGAGUGACGACAAUGGAUUCGUUUCAGCAAAAGUUCUUCCCGUCGGUUUACGAGAAACAGAAGAAGGAUCAUGAUUCAAACCAAUACUGCAGAUUUGACAGCGUUUCUCUCACUCUCUUCACUUCCUCUCUUUACCUCGCCGCACUCUGCUCCUCCCUCGUUGCCUCUUACGUUACCCGUCAGUUUGGCCGGAAAAUUUCGAUGCUUCUCGGUGGAGUUCUCUUCUGCGCCGGAGCUCUUCUUAACGGUUUCGCAACUGCCGUUUGGAUGCUCAUCGUUGGUCGUUUGUUACUCGGUUUCGGUAUCGGCUUCACCAAUCAGUCUGUGCCGUUGUAUCUCUCGGAGAUGGCACCGUAUAAAUACAGAGGAGCAUUGAACAUCGGAUUCCAGCUCUCAAUCACCAUUGGUAUCCUUGUCGCCAACGUUUUGAACUUCUUCUUCUCCAAAAUCAGUUGGGGUUGGAGACUCAGUCUCGGCGGCGCCGUCGUUCCGGCACUCAUCAUCACCGUCGGUUCUCUUAUCCUCCCGGACACACCAAACUCCAUGAUCGAGAGAGGUCAAUUUAGGCUAGCGGAAGCGAAACUCCGUAAGAUUCGUGGCGUCGACGACAUUGAUGACGAGAUCAACGAUUUGAUCAUCGCCAGUGAAGCUUCGAAGCUCGUUGAGCAUCCAUGGAGGAAUCUGUUGCAGAGGAAGUAUAGACCACAUCUAACGAUGGCGAUUCUGAUUCCGGCAUUUCAGCAGCUUACCGGAAUCAAUGUUAUAAUGUUCUACGCGCCGGUUCUGUUUCAAACGAUUGGAUUUGGUAGCGACGCGGCUCUGAUUUCGGCGGUUGUGACCGGUUUGGUUAACGUUGGAGCCACCGUGGUGUCAAUCUAUGGCGUUGAUAAAUGGGGAAGACGAUUUCUAUUCCUUGAAGGAGGAUUCCAAAUGCUAAUUUCUCAGGUAGCUGUUGCGGCGGCGAUCGGAGCUAAGUUCGGUGUCGAUGGAACCCCAGGCGUUUUACCAAAAUGGUACGCCAUUGUUGUGGUUUUGUUCAUAUGCAUCUACGUGGCGGCGUUUGCUUGGUCGUGGGGUCCACUAGGAUGGUUAGUGCCAUCGGAGAUUUUUCCGUUGGAAAUCCGAUCAGCGGCUCAGAGCAUAACGGUGUCGGUGAACAUGAUCUUCACGUUCUUGAUUGCACAAGUGUUUUUGAUGAUGCUUUGCCACUUGAAGUUCGGGUUGUUCAUAUUCUUCGCGUUUUUCGUGGUGGUGAUGUCGAUUUUCGUCUAUCUUUUCUUACCGGAGACAAGAGGAGUGCCGAUCGAGGAGAUGAAUCGGGUCUGGAGAUCACAUUGGUAUUGGUCGAAGUUCGUUGACGCGAGAAGAAUCUAACGAAAGUUGUUAUCUAG